GUUUAAGCUCAUCGGGCCAGUCGAUCGCUUCAGUCGAGUGCGUCCGGCUGCAAUGUGAUGACUUCGCCACGGAAUCACAUAGGACUCUAUCUCAGUCUCGGUCUCAGUCUCUGGAUCUUGGUGCUGGGCCAGGAUUACAAUGGCAGCUCCCUGUCCGAUAUGCUGGAGAUGUAUCGACGCGGCCAGGAGCAAUUGAAUUUGGAGAACCUGGACGAGGGUCAGGCGAUGUUGGCCAAGUAUGAUUUCAUAGUGGUUGGAGCUGGAACAGCGGGUUGUGCCCUGGCCGCCCGCCUCUCCGAGAAUCCCCGAUGGCGGGUGCUCCUCCUGGAGGCCGGUGGACCCGAGAACUAUGCCAUGGACAUACCCAUAGUCGCACACCUCCUGCAGUUGGGCGAUGUCAACUGGAAGUACAAGACAGAGCCCUCAAACAGCUAUUGCCUGGCCAUGAACAACAAUCGAUGCAAUUGGCCCAGGGGCAAGGUGAUGGGCGGCAGUUCGGUGCUCAACUACAUGAUGUACACAAGGGGCAAUCGCAGGGACUACGAUCGGUGGUCCCGGUUGGGGAAUCCGGGCUGGAGUUACGACGAGGUGCUACCAUAUUUCAGGAAGUACGAGGGCAGUGCCAUACCCGAUGCCGACGAGGAUCUGGUGGGUCGCCGGGGUCCGGUGAGGAUCAGCUACUCGGAGACACGCACUCAAAUCGCAGACGCCUUCGUGCAGGCCUCCCAGGAUGCGGGAUUGCCGCGAGGGGACUACAACGGAGAAAGACAACUGGCCGUGUCCUAUCUGCAGGCCACUAUCUACAAUGAAACCCGCUGGAGUUCCAAUCGAGCCUAUCUUUACCCCAUCAAGGGAAAGCGUAGGAACCUGCAUGUGAAAAAGAACGCCUUGGUCACCAAAGUUCUGAUCGAUCCACAGACGAAAACAGCCUAUGGCAUAAUGGUGCAGAUCAAGGGGAAACUACAGAAGAUCCUGGCCAAAAGGGAGGUGAUCCUUUCGGCGGGAGCCAUCAAUACGCCGCAAUUACUGAUGCUUUCCGGUGUGGGACCGGCCAAACAUCUCCGCGAGAUGGGCAUUACACCACUGGUCGAUCUCGCCGUGGGCUAUAAUCUCCAGGAUCACAUUGCCCCGGCGGUGAGUGUCCUUUGCAAUGUGAGUUCCCUGCAAGUCAGUGAUAUGUUCAAGGUGGAGAAUAUGGGGGAAUUUCUAAAGGGACGAGGACCUCUCCGUAUUCCCGGCGGCGUUGAAGCCAUAUCCUUUUAUGCCCUGGACGAUGCUCGUAAUCCGGAUGGUUGGGCCGAUAUGGAGCUGUUCGUGGUGGGUGGUGGUAUGCAAACCAACUUGGCCCUGCGUCUGGCAUUGGGCAUCCAAACGGAUAUCUAUGAGAGCAUGUUUGGGGAGCUGGAACGCCGGAAUGCCAAUGGCUUCCUCAUAUUCCCCAUGAUCCUGCGGGCCAAAAGUCGCGGACGCAUCAAGCUGAAGAGUCGAAAUCCGGCGGAGCAUCCGCGGAUCUAUGCCAACUAUUUCGCAGAUCCCUAUGAUUUGAAUAUCACAGUGCGUGGAAUUAAGCAGGCAGUGAGAUUACUGGAUAAGCCGGCAUUUAAAGCGAUUGGAGCGAAACUAUUGGAGAAACGCAUACCCAACUGUGCGAAAUACAAAUGGAGGAGCAGUGCCUAUUGGGAGUGCUAUGCCCGCCACUUCACCUUCACCAUCUACCACUACUCGGGAACGGCCAAGAUGGGUCCUCGGGCGGAUCCCUCGGCGGUGGUCGAUGCCCGCCUGAGGGUCCAUGGAAUCGAAAAGCUCCGGGUGGUGGAUGCCAGCAUUAUGCCCUACCUGAUCUCGGGUCAUCCGAAUGGACCGGUGUACCUCAUAGCUGAAAAAGCAGCCGAUAUGAUCAAAGAGGAUCACAACUUUGUCUAAAGCAAUCUUUUUUUUAAUGGGAAUAAAUCUAUUAGUAAGGGGAUGAUCUUUGUAUCUAUAUGUAUAAUUUUUUUUUUUUUUUUUUUGAGUGAUUUCUAGUUAAGUAAAAAUGAAAAUGCAGUACAAAUUCUGCAGCGCCAAAGGGGUAUGAAUAUGUUUAGUGACACUGGCAAAAAUUAGUCGUACUUAGUAUUCUUUAUCUUGCAAAUAGUGACAAUUAAAUGUUAGAUUCACUAUGAUAAAAAAAUUACAAUAAAAUUGUCAACUAAUCCGACAAUAAUUUGUCAUUCAGGUCGAUUUCAAUUAAAGAUUUCUAUCAUUAUUACCAGUUUGAUUGCAAAUUAUUAUUAAUAGUAGAUGUUUUUAUUGUAAAUCAGGAAAUGCAGUAAUUUAAUAUAAUAUUUUUGUAGUUACAGCAAAUCAUUGGAAUUUGUAAUCGGCAUUUACAGAUACUUGUCAUUAAUCACUUAACACACCUAACUAAUACUUUUGAAUUCUUAACUGAAAUCACACAUUGAGCUUAAAUAUAAGAAUUAAUUUGUAAAAGGUUAACUCAAGGCAUACAAUUCAGUACAAAUAAAAAAAAAAGUAUAUACGCA